UGCAUGUCGUGGUUAAUAUGUAACACUCCGAGCACACUUGCACUUUGUUUCCCCAAAUAAUAGAUGGGGCUUUCAGAUGCAAUCUUUCCCAGGCUGAGUGGCUGUUCACCAAAACCAUACCAGACGCGAAAUUAUGGUGUCAGACAAACUGAAGAUGGGGUUUAUUUUUAUUCCAACCCUCAUGUGCUUCCUCAUUCCUGUCCAUCAUGCACAACUUCCAAAUGCAACAAUUUCAGAGCUUUCAUUCAAAAACAUGGACUUUGCCAUGAACCUUUACAGAAAAAUAUCCAGUUACCAUGACAAGAACAUCUUCUUCUCACCUCUGAGCAUCUCUACCAGCUUUGCUGCUCUCUUGAUGGCUUCUGACGGUGUCACCCAUGAGGAAUUACUCAGGGGUCUCAACCUGGAGCAGUUGGAGAGGGCUAACCAGCCAGAGCUUAUCCCCGAACUUUUCCAGCUCCUUCACGAGAACAUCACACAGAACGGAUCACUGAAACUGGACCAGGGCAUGGCCAUCUUCAUGCACCGGCGGUUUGAGGUGGAAAAGACAUUUGAAGACCAGAUCAAGAAGUUUUUUGAUGCCGACAUAAGCACUAUAGACUUUACGGACACAAAAGGAAGUAUCAAGUUCAUCAACGAGUUCAUCAAGCAUAAGACUGAGGACAAAGUGACUGAGAUAAUUUCCCGCCUGGAUGCACUGACCCAGCUCAUGUUAAUCAACACAAUUUUCUUUCAGGGAGCCUGGAAAAUGCCUUUUAACUCUAAUUUCACUCAGAGUGCUCCCUUCUUCAUUGACAACUACAAUGUUGUGCAAGUGCCGAUGAUGUUUAAAGAGGAUAAGUUCUACACAACUGAAGACGUCCCUCUGGGAGCCAGAGUGCUGAAGCUGCCAUACCAGGAAGGUGUUUCCAUGCUCAUCAUGCUACCCAACAAAGGCAUAGACUACACUGUAGUUGAUGAUGAGAUCACUGCUGAUAGGUUCCUCAGCUGGGUCAGAAAUCUGCAAAAAACCAAACUGGAAGUCAACAUGCCCAAAUUCAAGAUGGAGCAGUCGUAUUCCCUGCACACCCUUCUACCACACAUGGGCAUGGCCAGUGUCUUCAGUACUUCAGCCAAUUUAACAAGGCUGAGUAAGGACAAAGGCAUCAAAGUGUCAGAGGUGCUGCACAAGGCUGUGAUUGAGGUGGAUGAGACCGGGACCACUGCAGCGGCUGCCACAACUAUUGGCAUUACUCCAUAUUCCUUACCCAGGACAUUCAUCAUCAACAGACCCUUUUUCUUCUUCAUAUAUCACGAAGGCACAAACUCCCUGCUGUUCAUGGGCAGAGUGAUUGAUCCCACCAAAAACUAAUGGUUCUUUGGGCUUUUAAAAAAGGCUUGAUGAUUGAACUGCUUGUUUGGGCCUGUUCUGUAAAAGCCAAACUUAUAUGUCAUGAAUAUUAAUAAAGACUUUGCAUUGACA